AUGGCAGGACCUAUAAACGACGAUGUGAGACUUUGCCCAAUAUCAACAUCGGCAGAUGCAUUAGCUAGAAUCAAGACCGUAACUCAUCAUGAAUAUUUUGAAUCCUAUCCGACUGUCAAAAGUUGGAUGAAAAAACAUACGAAUAAUCCGACACAACGAAUUAAAAAUUAUUUCAUCUCGUAUUUACCUUUUCUCAGUUGGAUCUAUCGAUAUAAUUUAACAUGGUUUUGGAGUGAUGUUAUAGCUGGUGUGACUGUUGGCGCUAUUGUUAUACCACAGAGUAUGGCCUAUGCUGGCCUGGCAAAACUGGCUCCACAAUUUGGUUUAUAUAGUUCAUUUGUUGGAGUUAUGAUUUAUUGGAUUUUUGCUACAAGCAAGGAUAUUACUAUUGGGCCUGUGGCGGUCAUGUCAGCAUUAACUGGCUCAGUGGUCGAAGCUGUACACAAAGACCAUCCAGGAUAUGAAUUACAUGUCAUUGCAUCAGCUUUAUCUCUCAUUUCCGGUUGUAUUGUUUUCGCUCUCGGCAUGUUUCGUCUCGGAUUUAUAGUCGAAUUCAUUCCUCUACCAGCGUUAGCUGCCUUUAUGACUGGCUCAGCAUUGAGUAUUGCUAUGGGACAAAUACCAACACUGAUGGGCAACAAUAAAUAUUUGGAUACACGUGCGCCGACUUAUUUAGUUUUUGGCAAUUUUUGGAAGCAAAUUUCACAUUGUAAUUUGAAUGCUGCACUCGGUCUAACAUCACUCUUUCUACUGUAUUUUAUUCGUUUUAUUUGUACUCGUGCGGGUAAACGCUUUCCGAAAAGAGAAAAAUUGUUUUUCUUUUUCAACACGCUUCGUGCCGUAUUUAUUAUCCUUCUGUAUAUUUUAAUUUCGUGGUUAAUCAAUCGUCACGAUCCUGACCAUCCACGGACUGCUAUCCUAGGCGCAGUACCACGUGGAUUUCAAAACAUGGGUGUACCCUACAUUGAUUCAACUUUAUUGAGUGCUUUCACAUCCUAUUUACCUUUGACUGUAAUUGUUCUUCUCAUUGAACAUGUUGCUAUUGCAAAAUCAUUUGGCCGCAUCAAUAAUUAUGCUAUUGAUCCUAAUCAAGAGAUGGUUGGCAUUGGUGUAACAAAUAUAUUUGGGCCCUUUUUUGGUGCUUACCCAGCAACUGGUUCCUUUUCAAGGACAGCCAUUAAAUCUAAAGCAGGUGUACGAACGCCCUUGGCUGAUAUAGUCAGUGGUUCAGUGAUUAUUCUAGGUAUUUACGUAUUGACAGGAAUUUUCUAUUGGAUUUCACAAGCUAGUUUAGCGGCCGUUAUCAUUCAUGCUGUCGGUGAUCUGAUAGUAGGACCCACGACGUUGAAAAGUUUUUGGCAAGUAAAUCCAAUUGAAUUUUUCAUCUUUUGGGCUGGGGUACUAGUAACAAUAUUUUCUAACAUUGAAUAUGGUAUCUAUGUUACGGUUAUUUCAUCGGGCGUUCUUCUACUCUUUCGUAUUGCUAAAGCUCGCGGCCAAUUUGUCGGCAGAGUGCUAGUUCAACAAGUUAAAUUGUUUGCUGAUGAUUAUGAGCAUUUAACAACUCGAAAUAUCUACGUACCACUCGAUCAUUCCGAUGGAUCAAAUCCGACAAUUAUUCCCAUAUCGCCUGGCAAUGGCAUUUUUAUCUAUCGAUUGAAUGAAAGUUUUCUCUAUCCGAAUGCCAAUCAUUACAUAGAACUUUUAGUUGAAAAAAUUUUUCGUGAAACUAAACCUGGCAAAAGCAAUUGUUAUGGCUCACUCGGUGAACAACCAUGGAAUUUAAAGACAAGUCGACAUCCAGAAAGGGAUACACAGAAAGAUGAUUCACGGCCAUGUUUGCAUGCUUUGAUAUUAGACUUCGCUGGUGUUGCUCAUUUAGAUAUAACUGGCCUACAAAAUCUUGUUGACGUUCGCCAACAAUUAGAUCGGUAUGCAAAUAAAAGAGUCAAUUGGCAUUUUGUAGGCUUAUCGAAUCCUUGGUUGAAACGUGCAUUGGUAUCAGUUGGAUUUGGUUCAUCUCAUGAAGGACACACAGUUUUUUCUGUAGCAAACAUACACGAUCAUAUUGAUUGUGGCGAAAAUGAUAACGCCGUUGCACUUGUUCCCAUUCUUGAUAGCAAUCGACCAUUGUUUCAUGCUGAUCUCGAUGAAGCAUACGAAGCAGCUAUUACAAGUUUACCUGCGAAAGACAAUGCGGUCAUUUUCAAUAAUAACAACUCAUAG